UAACCGUAUGUUUUAUCUAUGGUCCUACCUACUAACUAACCAAAACAAAACUAUUAAAUAUAACUAACCUCUAAAGAAAAUUGUUUAGUUAGUUCCUUAAAUGAUAUUUAAACUAUAUUAAUAUAUUUAUAGCCUACUAUUGAAAGUAUUGAUAAUUUUCAGUAAAUUUAACCGUUUUGUUUAGUAAGUCUUUGUCUCAAAAUAUGGAUCACAAGGAAGAACAAACAAAUGAAAUUGAAGCUUUAGAUUCCAUCUAUUGUGGUGAAAUGGAAAUCUUAAGUCUUGAACCAUACCACAUUUUUGUAAUUCCUGUAAAGUCUGAUGACUAUGAUGAAGAUUCAAGUGCUGGAAUUUCAUGUCGGUUACGAUUUGAAUACACUCCAAACUAUCCAGAAGAGCCUCCUAUAAUCGACAUUGAAGAUACAGUUGGAUUAGAAGAUGAUGAUGAGCAAACCCUAAGGCAUCAUUUACAAGAACAGGUCAUAGAAAAUCUUGGCAUGGUGAUGGUGUUCACACUAGUCUCUGCAGCACAAGAAUGGUUGAACUCACAAUCUGAUAUAAGACGUAAAAUAGCAGAAAUGCAAGAGGAGAAGAGGAUAAGGGAUGAAGAAGAAGCUGAGAGAAAACGUUUUGAAGGCACAAGAGUGACUGUGGAGUCUUUUUUGGUGUGGAAGAAAGCAUUUGAUUUGGAAUUUGGGAUCGAUAACAAGAAAGUUCUGGAUGAAAAGAAUAAAAAAUUAACUGGCAGAGAAUUAUUUUUAUCUGACAAAUCACUGAACGAAUCAGAUCUUAAAUUUCUUGAAGUUGAAGGUGGAGAAGUUGUCAAGGUGGAUGAAUCACUUUUUCAAGAUUUGGAUGAACUUGAUAUUGAAGAUGAGGAGCUCGAGUGCAAUGAUGACUGAUGGAAAAUCUUUCUUGUUAACAGCAAAUGUGUCUCUACGUUGUAUUUAUUUAAUCAAUAAUGAACUGGAUUAUUUGUUAUUUUUAUUAUGUAUAUAUACAAUACGGACUUUUGUAUAGAAUGUGUAUUUACUUAUAAAUCAUUUGCUCCAAUUAGUAAA